AUGCGUCGGUUAAAUUUAAUGGUCUGUUUGGCUCUCGAUUUUCUCGAUUCGGGAAAUCAAAUUCUGCCGCUGUAUCGUCCUUUCUCCCUCCGAAAAUUCUCUGCUUUUCCUCAGAAAAUUCAAAAUCUCAGUGCUCUCUCUUCCCUUUCUCUGCUUUUAUGUUCGUACGUUUUUCAAAUUUGAUCUUCACUGUUAGGGCUUUUGCAUUUCUGGAUCUUUUCGGCUGUCGGAAUCGUGACAAUUGUCCAGAGAAAUGUCGGCUUCGACCGUGUCGAUAACGGCGAAUCCGGCGGCGCGGAGGAGGCCGGUUUUGGCGACGGAGAAGAAGGGGGGUAGUAUCGAAUUGUUGGCCGCUGAUGUCGCGAACCCUCUUUCGAAUGCUGCUGCAACCGCUGGGACUGGUGGAGCCGCCGAUGACAAGGUCGCCGUCGGAAAUGGUAGGGAUAUGAGCCAUCACUCGAUUAGGGGAGAGGCUGUUCUUGAGCGCUCCUCUAGGGAUCCACUUCAGAUCAAGAAAGCCGUCGCGAAUUCCACCAUUUCCCCGCGGCGGAGUAGAAAGGUCCUUACGAAGCCGGAGAAGCCUCGAUGGCUCACCAUCCUUAGCGUCUUUACCAAGAAUUUUGUUCUUUUGUUGGUUCUUCUGGGGUUGGUUCAAAUGAUUAGGAGGUUAGCCCUAAAGUCUGGGGAAGGAGCGGUGGGAAAUCAGAUGGGGUUUUCGGAAGUCGAGGGGCGGAUUGCGGAAGUUGAAGCGUUCUUAAAGACCACCACUAAGAUGAUCCAGGUGCAGGUGGAGGUCGUCGAUCGCAAGAUCGAGAACGAGGUUGGGGGAUUAAGAAGGGAAGUUGACAAGAAGAUUGAGAAGAAAACUGCUGACCUUGAGAGCGGUUUGAAGAUGCUGCAGACCAAGGGGGAGGACUUGGAAAGGUCUUUGAGCGAGUUAAGGGCUGUGGAUUGGUUGUCAAAGCAAGAAUUUGAUAAGAUUUAUGAGGACUUGAAGAGGGCAAAGAGUGGUGAAUUUGAUGAUCGAUAUGCAAGUUUGGAUGAUAUAAGGGUCUAUGCAAGGGAGAUGAUUGAGAGGGAGAUUGAGAAGCAUGCAGCCGAUGGGCUUGGUAGGGUGGAUUAUGCUCUUGCUUCUGGUGGGGCUAUGGUUGUAAAGCAUUCGGAGCCCUAUAUAGGUAGGACAAGUAGUAGUUGGUUUCCGAAAAGUGCGAGGAAUGGGGUUCACAAUGAUGCUGAUAAGAUGCUGAAACCGAGUUUUGGGGAGCCCGGGCAGUGCUUCCCCUUGAAAGGAAGUACUGGGUUUGUUCAAAUUAGGCUACGGAGUGCAAUCGUUCCAGAAGCUAUUACUUUAGAACACGUUGCCAAGAGUGUAGCAUUUGAUAGAUCAAGUGCGCCCAAGGAUUGCAGGGUAUCUGGGUGGUUUGAAGGGCAUGGUGCUGAUGCCUCAGCAAAUGCUGAUAAGAUGUUCCAUUUGGCCGAGUUUACUUACGACCUCGAGAAGAGCAAUGCUCAGACCUUCAACGUGGUGGAGACAGCUGGCUCUGGUCUCGUCAACAUGAUCCGAUUCGAUUUCUCAUCCAACCAUGGGGGCCCGUCGCAUACUUGCAUCUAUCGCUUGAGGGUUCACGGACACGAACCAUAUUCUGUUUCUAUGAUGGCAAUGCAGUCAUGAUGGAUGGGAUGGCCAACUAGCCAGCCCGCUUGUAUUGGUUACCAGUUUGUAUUAUCCUUGUAACUGUUAAAUUCCCUGUUCUUAUUCUUUAUUUUAGAACAAUAGCCCUUUACACUUAGAAUCUUCUUUUGGUUAGUGGGCACAAAUGUUGUUCUCUACUUUUAACUUCAUCUUCUUUGUUUUUCCUUGGGCCAUUGUAAACAGAUGGAAUUUCGGGUUAUGAAUUUUUUGACUGUGCAGGCAAGGCAUGUCGAUUCGUAAA